UCGGCGGAACGCCUGCGCUCUCGUGGGCUUGCGGCGCGCGCGCGCCCGUCCGAGGGGCGGAGGGAGGGAGGGAGCGCCCCCCUCAGUGCCCCGUGAGGCGGGUCCGGCCGUGAAGGCGGCGCUGCUGCUGCUGCUGGGUUGGGAAGCGGGGGCGUCCGCCGCCGGGCUCCGGGCUCGGCUUCCCUUCACAGAAGGGCUGGGAAUGUGAGGCGAGGAAGCGGCUGCGAAGAAAGAAGAAGAAUAAAAUAAAAUAAUAAUAAUAAUUUUAAAUAAAGGGGGGGGGAGGGGGCGCGGCGGUCGCCUCAGGCUUCCCCGGUGCGGUGAGGUUCCCUCCUCGGUCGCUUCCUCGCGCCUCUCCCGCCAUGAAGAAGUUUUCUCGGAUGCCCAAGUCGGACGGCAGCGGCGGCAGCCCCGGAGGCAUCGGUUGUGGCGGGGCACCGGCGGCUGGAGGAGGAGGCGGCGGCGGCGGCAUCAUCGGAAGCGUCUCGGGCUCGCUGGCGGUGGGCAGCAGCCGGGUCUUCGCCGUGGGGCGCUUCCAGGUCACGGUGGAAGAGGUGCUGGCCGAAGGUGGCUUUUCAACGGUACUCCUUGUACGUACCCAUGGUGGAGUUCGAUGUGCAUUGAAAAGAAUGUAUGUAAAUAAUGUGCCUGACCUCAAUAUCUGCAAAAGGGAAAUAACAAUAAUGAAAGAAUUGUCUGGGCACAAGAACAUUGUAGGGUAUUUGGAUUGUGCUGUUAAUACUGUUAGUGAUAAUGUGUGGGAAGUGCUUAUCUUAAUGGAAUAUUGUCGUGCGGGGCAAAUAGUGAAUCAGAUGAACCAGAGAUUACAAACGGGCUUUACUGAAUCAGAAGUGCUAAGAAUUUUUUGUGAUGCCUGUGAAGCUGUUGCUAGGCUGCACCAAUGCAAAACUCCCAUUGUUCAUAGAGAUUUGAAGGUUGAAAACCUUUUAUUGAAUGACAGUGGAAACUAUGUGCUUUGUGACUUCGGCAGUGCCACUAAUAAAUUCCUUAACCCUCAGAAAGAUGGAGUCAGUGGAGUUGAAGAAGAAAUUAAAAAGUAUACCACAUUGUCGUAUAGAGCUCCUGAAAUGAUCAAUCUUUAUGGAGGGAAAACAAUUACAACCAAGGCAGAUAUCUGGGCCCUUGGCUGCUUGCUGUAUAAACUUUGUUUUUUCACACUUCCCUUUGGUGAGAGUCAGGUUGCUAUUUGUGAUGGAAGCUUUACCAUCCCAGACAAUUCACGCUAUUCACACAGUAUGCAUUGUUUGAUAAGAUACAUGCUUGAACCAGAUCAAGAGCGAAGACCUGAUAUCUUUCAAGUAUCUUAUUUUGCCUUUAAACUUGCCAAAAAGGACUGUCCAAUUUUAAACAUGAAUAAUUCUCCUCUCCCUUCAACUCUUCCUGAGCCCUUGACAGCUAGUGAGGCUGCUGCUAAGAAAAGCCAAAUAAAAGCUAGAAUAACAGAUGCCAUUGGACCAACAGAAACCUCAAUAGCACCCCGUCAGAGACCAAAGGCCAAUGCAAGCACUGCCACUUCUAGUGUUCUUACAAUUCAGAGCUCAGCCACACCAGUAAAAGUGCCAGUUCCCGGGGAUUUUAACAAUGAACACAAAGGAGCCUCAAAGAUUGGAAAUGGUCACGAGAGCGUAUUGUCGCCGGGAACCCCACAGCAGAACAGAGUAUUGCAACAACUACAGCAAGGUGACUGGAGGCUACAACAGCUGCAUCAUUUACAUCAGCAACAGCAACAGCAGCAACAACAAUUGCUCCAUGAUUCAUACGUGCAGCAGUAUCAGCAAGCAAUGCAGCAGCAUGUUGUUCAGCAGCAGCUUUUGAUACGCACUGUGUAUCAGCAGCAGCAGCAGCAGCAACCCACUCCUUCUCCAUAUCCUGCUAUGAUGCAGCAGUACCAACAAGCUCUUCUACAGCAACAGGUCCUUGGGAAUCAGUUGCCACCACCGAAACGUUCCCCUGAGUUUCUUACCUCUCCUCAGGAGUUUUCACCAGCCUUAAUCUCUCAUUCUAAAUCCUUUCCAGCUCAUGUGGGUGCAGCUCUGGAUGCUCCUUAUUCCACAAACAGAUCAUCUUCCUCUGACACGGAGUCUCUUUCCAGCUACCAGAAACAAAACAUCAGCAGCCCCCCUGAUAUGUCUGGGUGGAAUCCUUUUGGAGAAGACAAUUUCUCCAACCUGACAGAGGAGGAGCUGUUGGACAGGGAGUUUGACCUUCUGAGAUCAAACAGGCUGGUGGAGAAGAGAACCUCCUUAGAUAAGCCAGUGGAGUCACAUUCUGCUCCACUGACCCAUCUUCCAGAAGAUCCCUUUGGUUCUGUUCCUUUCAUUUCACACGCAGGCUCCCCAGGAAACGAAAUUAAUAACCCAGCCAGCAAUCUAGAAAACACGUUAGAGGGUCUUUCUAAGUACGAGAGGCCAAGCCAGGUGGUUAAGGACCAGGAUGCUGGAAAGAAAGCAGCGGAAGUUCCUACUAAGAAAGGAAACGAUGAAUCGGAGAGUGAUUUUGAAUCCGAUCCCCCUUCUCCAAAGAGCAGUGAGGAAGAGGAAGAGCAAGAGGACGAAGAAGUCUUGCAGGGCGAGACGGGAGACUUUAUUGACGACAACGACACAGAGCCAGAAAACCUAGGCCAGCACCCCCUUCUCAUGGAUUCUGAAGAAGAUGUAGAAGAUGACGAUAAGCACAGUUCUGACUCGGACAGUCACCAUUUUAGGCCCCCAGAAGUGGUGCCUUGCGGCAGAUACAGAGAAGGGCCUGGCAACGUAGAAAGCAGAGAGACGAUUCUUCCCUGUCCAUCGUUGACCGAGUUCCCCGGUUCCAGUUUGAGCCCCAAACAAGAAUUUGAUGUCUUCGGAGCAGUUCCGUUCUACGUUUUGCAGCCCCAGGAACAGAAGGAUUCUUCUUCCCACGUCGCCCGUUCCCAGCAAGACCAGGACGACUUCGACGUCUUCACCAAAGCCCCCUUCAGCAGAAGGAUAUCCCAGCAAGACGAUCCGAUCACAGGCUCGGAACCUCAAACGUCUCCCGUUCCCCCCAAAAGCGUGGACGUCUUCGGCUGCCUCCCGUUCCAGCCCGUUUCCAUGCAGAGGCACGGAGAAGCGAGGGAGGAUCUCUUCGGGCUCGUCCCAUUUGAGGAGAUAACCGGCAGCCAGCAGCAGCACAAGGCGAAGCAGCAGCAACGGAACCUGCAGAAGCUCUCCUCCCGCCAGAGGCGCAUGAAGCAAGAGGGGUCCAAGAGCAACGGCAAGCGCCAUCACGGAACCCCCACCAGCAGCAAGAAGACCCUGAAGCCCAGUUACCGGACGCCGGAGAGAGCCCGAAGGCACAAGAAAGCCGGACGCCGGGAUUCCCAAAGCAGCAACGAGUUUCUGACCAUUUCCGAUUCCAAGGAAAACAUAAGUAUUAGCCUGUCGGAUAGCAAGGACAGAGUCAAUCCCUUGCAGGGUGAGGAUAACCUCCUGGAUCCCUUUGGAGCCAAGCCUUUCCACCCUGCCGAAGGGAUACGUCUUCCCCAACACCAAGGAUUGGCUGAUAAUCGUGGGGAUAAUCACAACUCUGCAGCGCCUGGGAGACCUAGGCAGAGCUCCUUAAUUGGUAGCAUUCAUUCCGGCGACGGCAUAAAAUUAACAGAUGAUUUCGGAGCAGUUCCUUUCACCGAACUCGUGCCAAGUGUGAAGUCUCAACAGAGCCAGCAGCAACAGGCAGUGGAGUUUGAUCCAUUUGGGGCAGCUCCGUUUCCUUCCAAACCGUAGGCUCUUUUUUUUUUAGGAACAUCCAAUUUUUUUUUUCCCUUUUCAAACUUGGAUUUAAUAUGCCACUCUAAUUCAUUUACUUCGGUUGAGAAGCAAUUUUUUUAAAAAAACACGCUUAUUUCUCUGCUGUGGCUCGAUGAGAUUUUAACAUCCGCCGUGUUAAAAGAUGCAAGAUCGGGAUGAUACAAUGGCGAGAAAGGUUUGAGUAAGAGAAAAACCUUUUCAAAAGUUAGAUCGGGAGAUAGCUAUCACCGAGGAUAUCGGACUAGGACAUUCAGAGUUGAGUCCUUUCUAGAGUGCAAUUACACUUGAAUUGAUGGGAGCAUCAGACCGGGUCGGAUGAAUGAAACGAGACCUUAUCAGUCAAAAAAAUCAAGAAAAUAUCUGGAAAAAAAAGCCAGGUUUAUUGAGAACUGCUUCAUUGUACCUGUUCUAAAGGUUUUUUUUUUUUUAAGAAAAACACUUCUUAACCUCUUAACAUCUCUGAAAAUUAGAGCUUGCGCUCUUGAUACUGGUUCCUAAACUUACACGAAGAAACCCAAAUCUUUCUAUCACUAUCUGCCUGAACUGUGCUUUUCCACAGUAAGUGCCAUUAAUAUAAAACAGGGAUCGUUGUAAUUCUUAGGAUUUCAAGAACUUAGCUGGGGAUGUUGGAAGUGGGAAUGGAACGAGAAAGCAGCAGCACUAACAGUUAGCUUCUCUUCAGCACUUUGAAGAUUGCCAUUUUGAGAAGAGAGCGUGGCUUACUUGCACACCACACCAACACAGAGAGAAAGAUACGGGGGGGAAAAACAGCCAGGAAAUUGUAGCAAAUUCAGACCUAUAACGAGCUUAAAUCAGAGUUUUCACCCCAGGUCUGCUCGCUUUACUGGGGUUUUGUAUUUCCUAUGAACUGAAUGCACCCCACAAGGUUUUUAAUCUUCUAAAAUGGUUCUCACCUAAUUUUUGAAUUCUGUAUUACGUGAUUGUACUUUUCUAAGACUUUACACAAAACACACCGGUCAGUUUCCAACAAGAGGAGGUUUAGAAUCGAAGGCUUAAAAACGAUGCUCUUUUGAGUCUCUUAACCAUUACCGCGUAGUAAAACCCGCAAUGCCUUACAGCCAGGACCGCGUCCUGAUAUUAAUUUACCUCUGAGCCAAUGGGUGCCCUUGAGACACAGAUUGUAACACUUGGAGAACUUACGGUGCGUAGACAAGUACAUUUUUGGAACUUUCAAUCGGAGCGAAGGAACUCCCGAUGUCUUCAUUCGCUGUGGGUCAGUCUAGGGCAGCUGUGUGUGUUCAAAAUAGCCAUGGGAUGCCCCGCAGCUCCUUUUCAGUUUCGUGAAAACGGGCAGUCUUGGAAGCGGACGUAGUAAAACGUUUUGUCACAAAGCAUGGCCAGGGAUCCGGAGAUCAUGGCAGGAUCUUUUUGGAGUACGUGCGUGUGUGUUUGAAUCAGAAAUGCUAAACGUCUAGCACAGAGGUGUCAAACUUGAUUUCAUUGAGGGCCGCAUCAGGGUUGUGUUUGACUUUGGGGGUGGGGUGAAGGAGUGGCCCGCUUGACGUCACUUGUGUCGGGGGCACCGUGGAGGCCCGAGCACUCUGCCAGCAAAAACGGGUUCCCAAGCUGUAUUUUUGACUGAAACCGCCCCCUGUGACCCUCUGCCAGCAAAAACGUAGAUCGGGAGAGCCACACGCAGCGCUCCUGAGCUCCUUUUUUGCUGGCAGAGGCACGGUGGGCUGGUCCUUUGCUGCUUCCAGGGAAGCCCCGUGGGCCAGAUCUAAUCACCCCGCGGGCCGGAUCCGGCCCCCAAGCCUUGAGUUUGACACCCCUGGUUUAGAUCCAUUCUUAAAAAGUGAAAAGUUUCAGUCACCAUUUCUCUCAUGAAACGAAUGAAGGUCGACAUCUCAGGAUCCUUGCAGAGACAUUCACACAUAUAUGAAUUUGAACUGUAGAAGCUACAUGACCUUAACUAUAGCUGUGUCUGAGUACUAUUUACAUAAUUUGAAUAUCAUUGUGGAAAGGGGGGAGAAGAGAUUUCCAAAGGGGAAGCAUUGAAUGAAUUUCC